AUGAGGGGUAUGGAGGUUCCGACGGACCUUGACCCUAGCGAGCACCCUUUGAGCAUUUCCGUCGGAGGCAUCACGUCCAAGUCACCUCAUCGUCACAGUGAUUGCGAUGCGGAGAGACCUUGUGUUCAUUGCGUCCGCGCGGGUGCCCAGUGCGUACCUCGCGAGUCAACAUCACGAGGCUUUGGGGCAUCUUCAUCUGGCCAGACUGAUGCGAGGGAUAGACAGGAUCAGACUCCAGGGUCUCCCAUACUCCCAGAGUCCAGCAUCGUUGACCUAAGUGCUCUUAUGAUACGAGGAAGUGGCACCAGCCAGGAUUUACGACAUGAUACCUCGUCACUACCUGGCGGAACGAAGCUCCUCGAAGCCAACACCACACUACCUGCCAAACAUUGGCGUAACGUAGUCGGCGUGGAACUACCGGCCGACAAUAUCUUGGAAGACUUGGUGGACAGCUUCUUCUCUUCGGUCAACUGGUUCAUGAUGGUCUUCCACGAAGAUACCUUUCGCCGCAGGUAUGUAGAAAUGCUGCAACAUUCACAAAUCAAGUACCAAGAUACAACAUUCUACUGGACUUGGCUACUAGUCAUGGCGCUAGGUGCACAUUACGCUGCACUCAAAGACCCUGAGGAUCAGAUGAGUCCUCAGUACCGACAGCUUUCUCGAGAUCUGAUUGCUGUUAUUGAAACUCGUUUCUUGCAGAUUAUCGGAUGUCAGACUGUAGAAACAGUCCAAAUAUGUAUCCUACUUGGCAGUUUCAUAUUCUAUACACGACCCACAACGGGACUCGGUAUCUGUGGAAUGGGAGUCAAAAUUGCCCAGGUCAUUGGACUACACCGUGAGAGUUUCUGGAAGGAGCAGUCUCAGUUAGCGCGAGAAGUCAAACGGCGUACUUGGUGGACAUUGGAAGUCUUCGAUAAAUACGCAGCCGUUGCAUUUGGGCGGCCCUGCAUUAUUGAUGACUCUGACUGCCAAGUCGAGAUGAUCUCAGAUAUUGACAUCGAUGGCCACAAGCAUGUCCCUGCUAGGCCACUCAUCCUCUACCACCAACACAAGUUCCGUCUCUAUAGAAUCAUGGGUGCGUUCCUAGGACGUAAGAGGCAAAGAAACAACUUCGAAUCGGUUGAAACUAUACACCAGCGAAUGCUACAGUGGCGUCACGAGCUCCCUGACGUCCUAACCCUCAAGGGUCAAGAGAGUUCAAUGGACCCGAGAAUAGUGAAACCAACAGAGAUACAUGCCCUCAGCCUACAGCUUACCUACGACAACCUGCAGAUUAUUCUGCAUCGUACAGCAGUUUUCAACGAUAUCAAUGACAUAUCAUCUUUUUCCGCCAAAAACAGUGCCUCUCUUCAACGAAUCUUCGCUUCAGCUAUGAAUACAUCUGAACUUUCCCGGCAUCCUAACAUCCUAGAUGCUUGCCGAAGGACUCACGCAGAUGUGCAUGUUGGAAUGACCAUGUUCACAGCUGGUGUUGUUCUUUGCGCUAUCUGUCUAUCACAGCCUCUUACUGAAAUGGGGUCACGCGCAAAGACCGGUGUCAUGCACAUCACGCGUAUGUGUCGGGAGACUACGGCUGGUCUUUAUAGUGGCCAGCUGGUCUCGGAGCAGAGUCUUAGUAUCAUCGAUAGCUUGGUUGAGGUUAUACUGCGAAAGGAGACGGAUAUGAUCACCGGACGAACGAGUUAUCCAAACCCCCAUACAGGUCCUGGCAAGAGAGAUACGGGAUCGUCCGACAAUGGGGGACCUAGAGCAAACAUAACAAUAGCGCCCAGACCAGGUAUCGCAUCUGGUCCAAGUGAGCCCAGAAACGAGCGAGUCUUAGAGCCGAUUCAAGAAGUCUUCAGACAGCAUAUUUCCACACCAUCCGCUGGAGUCAAUUUGCACCCACAAAGCUCUGUCACGGGAAAUUAUGGAAACGAUGGAGACAAUGGGACUAUGGGCACGUUCAAUUGGGACGGUGACAUGUCCGCCCUCGUGGAUUCGGGACUUGUGGAUGCUAGUCAGCUGUGGUUAUGGGCGGACUCCCUGGAGUUUGACUCAUUUAACCAUCCGGCAUCAGAUCCAACAGAAUAG